UGCUGGGGGAUAUUUAACUUCUCCUUCUCAGGAGCAAACCCCAAAUGAUCACGAGCAAAAUUGAUGGGAGAAUAUACUUUCUGCCUACUUUGAAUUUACUUUGGUAAACUGUACGUACUGGGGGCUUGGGUCUAUAAUUUAUUGAAAGGAACCAGACUGGAAACCAGCUUCAUACUGUGAGUAAUUUCUAGCAUCGCUGUAAUCUAUCACCAAGAGACAGGGCACUUUGUUUCUCUGAAAAAUUAUUUUUAUAGUUGGCUUAGUAACAACAACAAUUAUUAUUAUUAAUAUUAAUAACUACUUGUGUAAGGCCUUUCAUGCGUGGUUUAGAAAGCAUUUUGCACGUGGGUCAAUAGGUGUUAGCUGCAUCUCACGGGAAGGGAAACCAAGGCACAGAUCUGGCCGCUGCCUUGCUUAGGCUCACCCUGAGUGUGCAGCAUCCUCACUCCCAAAAUAGAGCUUGGACCACUGGAUGCUGCUGCCCUUUGCAUAUUUCUAAAAUAUUUGAGGGUUUAGUAGUGAUGAAAGAGCAGAACAGGAAAUUAUUUUCUUUAAAAUUUGUGUCUACUUGGGUUCAAAAAAUUAUUAAGAAAACUCCAGAAAGAAAUAGCCCAUGCUGUGCCAUUGUGGCUAGAGCUGAUGUGCAGGUUGUCCCCCACGUGCUCCAGCUCAUCCCCCGGGAGAGCACAGAAACAAGCACAACAUCUCACCUCAGAAAUAGUGACUCAAACAUUUCCUUCACUUAGUUUUAAUGUAAGGGAAGUAGAAAAUUUUAAAAGCCUUUGAUUUCCCCCAGACUGGCUCCCCGGUGCCUGGCUUGUGCCCCUAAGACCAUCAUCCGGAUCGUGAGGACAACUGCCUGAAUGCAAAAAGCAGGACCCACCCUCAGCUGCAGCCAGGGCUGAGAUCCACGGGACGCCCGUCCUUAACUCACCAGCUUGGCUUAUUAAAUAACGCGAUGCCGCUUCACAGGGAUCUCCCCAAUCCCACUUUCCAGAGUGGAAAAAUGCCGUUUCUGGGUGGAGAGCAGCAAAGACCUGCUGCUGAAAACACACCGUGUGCUGGGGAUGGGGGGAGAGCCCCCAGCCCGGCUCCUGGGGCAGGCGGACGUGGACACGUCAGCAUCACCGUCUCUCAUCCUCUCCACUGCUUAGGUCACAUACAAACUAAACGUGGUUGUUCUGGACGCGUGUGAACUUCCUUUAAAUUAGAGACUGAAACUUCUCCAGGUGGAAAUUGCAUCCUUCUGUGGAAGUAAGUGGUGUAAACUUUCUAUCCAUACGUCGUUCAGGACACUAUUUUAUCUGUUUAUGAGAGAGCUUUUCAGCUGAACUUUAUCCCUGUCUCUUCAAUUCAUGCUUUGUAGCAAGAAUAAUAAUAUUUAACAUUUACGGAGCACUUUACACCUUCAAAGUCCAUUUGCAGGUAUUAACUAAUGAAGCCUUAGGCCACUCCCAUGAGGUGGAGGCGCAUGGCAGCAUUAUCUGCAUUUGCAGGUGGAAAAUUCAAGGCAGGAGAGGCGGUAGGGCAGGAUCAGGACUGGAGCCUGGACUUCCUGCCCAGCCCCAGGCAGCAUACUUCACUGUGGCCCACCAUCUCUGGGUUCACUUGCAAAAUGUUCACCUCCAGUAAGAAAAUGAAAAAUGUUCAGAGCAGAACCGUGUUCCUUAAUCCUGUACAGCGGUAAUAUAAUCUGCAUUUGUUCAGAGCCAUUCAACCUGAAUCAUCCCUGAGCACUGAAGCUGACAUGCAAGCAAUGCACAGCAAUAAAUCCACCCACCACCUUGAUGUAGGUGCUUCCAGUUAAAACACAGCGAGACAGCCCAGGCGCAGGGUGAGGGCACUCGUUCCUUUACCCAGGAGCACAUUGAACUGAAGCCUUUUUGGAAGAUGCCCAUUUCUGCUCGGUUUGCUGUGCCGAACUCGGAUGUGUAGGAUUUACUGUGCAGGUACGUGAGCCCUGGACACAUUUUGCCUAUGCUGUCUGUCUGUCCAGGGUGUCUGGACAUGGGCAGCUCCAGCAGGGUCACGCAGCAUCUGCGUAUUCCUGAAAAAAAUCCCCUUUUCCACCUGGAAAAAAAUUCCAGGAAGGUGUGGUGGAAGAGACGUGGCACGUGGUGGCGGCGGUGGUAGUUAAUUAUCCAGUAUCCCGGUGGGACUGAGCUGUCACCGUUAACGCUGGAGAAGCAGAGCCACGAGGAGGACAGCACCACGGUCCCGCUCACACGCGACACGAGGCAUCAGACGGAAAAGCAAAGUGUUUACGCUGCCAGACCCAUCAUCUCUGCCUGCAGAAGUUAGAAAGGAGGGCAGGCAGCAGCGUGGGGAAACUUGGGGUGCACAUAACGGGUUUUUUCCCUAGUUUUCUCCUGUUUUCCAGGACUUUUGAAGGGUUUGCUCCAUCGCAGGGUGAGGAAGCCAACAGAUGGCACUGUGCUGUUUCUGGAGGAGCCCAGCCUUGCUGAAGGCCAGACACGGGAUGCCCAAAUGCUGGAAAAGCGUUGCACUUCAGGGAAGUUUCUCCCCGUGCAAAGGCAGAGGCGAAGUCUCCCCGUGGCCCUUCCUCCACCCUGAGCUGCUGCUGCUUUGGCCCAAAGCAUGCUGCAAAGCGGAUAUGUUUGUACACAACCUCGGGACAUUAUCUGUUAACAGGAAAAAGGGAUGCAAAACCAUCCUGCAAACCGGUAUUGUGAAGUACCGUGGAGCCAUUCCCCAGUGUUCCCAGUCCCACCUGGUCCAAUCCAGCGGAGGUAUGCAGCGUUUGCCGCCAGGUCCUGAGCAUCCCCGUCUCCCACGGAGCCCCUGCUCACCCUCCGAGGACGUGCUCGGCAUCGCCGCUGCGCUCGGCCGCCCCCCGCACGCGGCGGGCUCGACCCUGCUGCCAUCCGAUGCCGCCUUUCAAAUUGCUGAAGUCAAAUUAGGAUUUGCCCAGAAGCACCUGGUCAGCACGGUGCAGAGCCGUGCUUGGGAGCCUGAGUGUGGCCAUGCUGCCGUAGCAAGAAGCUCUUCCCACCUCCAGCUCCAGACACCUCUUCCCAAAUCCACAGCGGUCCCAGACAUGAGGGAAGGAGGGAGCAGACACAGAGCCUUAAUGAGAACAUCAUUUCUGCUGGACCUUGUGCCAUUCUUGUCUUCAGCUUUCGGAGGAGGAGGAAGCAAGUGGAUCACUGCCCAGGGUGGAUGUGGCCCUAAUCUGGAUGAGGACCCAGAUGUGACAGCUGAGGGUUCAGGAGAUGGGAAUGCAACCAAACCACCCCAGAGGAAGAAGAGCUUACUUAGCCUAGAAAAACCCAAGGAGCUGAGCUUGGCCUUGGCCUGAGGUGGCCGGUGACGUUGGACAAGUCUCCCAGUGCUUUCAGGUUUCCUUUCAGACCCUGAAAUGGUUGUCUUAGAGGAAUCUCCUUGCUGGUGUGAGAUCUCUGUUGGAUGAGGUUGUGGCGUUGCAUCUUCAGAGCUGACCAGUGACUGGGAAGAUGCGUCCUCUCCCAAAGUGGAGAUUGCCAUCCCCCAAAAACUUCCAGAGCGUGCAAGUCUCCUUUCAUCCCACCUUCCCCAUGGAUGGAGAGAUACCCAUGUAAGAAGAGGAGCUUGUCCUCAAGACAGAGUUUAUAGGGUCACCACUUGGACGCCAAAUCAUUACAAAAGAGGUAAUGGGCUCCUGCAAGGGACGCUUUGGAGUUUGAGAGCUUUUUGUUGCACUGCAGGGCUGUCUUGAAUGUCAUUUACUCUGCUCCUAGCAGUAAAGGGACUGCCUUUUUGCCCUUAUCAUGUGCAGAUGCACUACUGGCAUUGGGGUUUGGUCAUCAGUUGUUGGGGUUUGCUCUUGUCAUUCUUUUAAUAAAUGUAAA